AGAGACCACCAUGGCCAAACUAGUCCAGCCAAAAUUCACACAAAAAGCCACAACAUUCCUCAACCUUUUCCACUCACUAUAAAAACAGUUAAAAGGUGAAAGUCCAAGCACACGAUCCCAUAAUGGAAGAAACAACAACAGCACCAACGACAACAAUCAUGGCUGCUCUGGCCACACUCAGCCCACCCCAACUCUCAGAUCUCACCCACACCAUCCUCUCUCACACCCACCACCACCACCUCCGCCUCUCCUCUCUCCUCUCCUCCCCCAUCCUCUUCUCUCUCACCCUCCACCGCCUCAACUCCCUCUCUCUCCCACACAAGAUCAAGCAACGAGACCUCGACUCUGUUCUGCUGCUCCUAUUGCUCUGCGACGUACACCAGCACAACCCAGAAGCCCUCCAAGCACCUACCGCAAAAUGGCGCGAAAUUCUGAGCAACUUGUACUCUGACGACAUGUUGACGGUGUCAGGCAUUGGGGUCUAUAAUGGGUCGGCUUUGGUUACUUACAUUGAGGUGCUGACGAGGUGCUUGAGAUUUGUCAGUGUCAUGGGUUUUUGCUAUGGCGGGAAAGUGGGGAGAGAGGUGGCGGCGUCGCCUGCGGCGGUGGUGGCGCUUCCGUCGGUGGAGGUGAGAGGUGGCGGGAGUGAGUGUGUGAUAUGUAAAGAGGAGAUGAGAGAAAACAGAGAUGUGUGUGAAUUGCCAUGUCGGCACUCGUUUCAUUGGAUGUGUAUUUUGCGGUGGCUGAAGAAGAGGAACACUUGUCCAUGCUGUAGAUUUAGGCUUCCCACCGAUGAUGUAUUUGGGGAGAUCCAACGGCUGUGGGAGGUUUUGGUUAAGAUUGGUAAUGAAAGGGGUUUAAUCUAAGGGCAUUGAUCAGCUGAGAUCAGGUACCAAUCUUCAGUAGAUUUAACUUAAUUCCAGUGAUCGUGUAUUUUUCUUGAUACAAGCGAUAUUAUUCGAGGAGGAUUCGAACACACACAAUUUCAGAUGCAGAGAUAACUGCUCUUAAUUACUUAAACUACAAGCCCUUAUCGAGUAAUUGUGUAUUUUAAAGUUGUAUAUGUAAUAGUAUAUGGUGAUCAUAAACAAGUACACGUGUUUCAAUCAAAUGGGUUAUGGAUUUUCUGGCUGUGAAGAGAUUUAUUUAGGAUAUGGGGGGAUUGCAAUUUGCAUGGAUGUGAUGAAUGGCGUGUAGAGAAUCACACAUAUAUAAUACUUGAUAUUGACGCAUGUGGUUUAGGGCUAUAGGAAUAUGUAAAUGAGUUUCGUAGCUAAUAAUGCGACUACGAGAGCCAAACAGAUGUUUUAUGUGUGUAUUUAUCAAAAGCCAAUGGUCAUAAUUGGUUUGAUA